CUUCCUCCCAUAUUUCUGAAUCGUAAUCGCCAGUCCAGGGCGUACCAUGGCCAAAAUCAACAGGAACAGAUUCCAGCUCGCUAGAAAAUAUGUAGACUUACUUAGCACAGUAGUGACACACUUUAGAUUGGCUCGAAUAGAGUGAAGUUAUGUGCCGCAUCGAAGUGAUCAGGUGUCAAGGUUGCAGAGUGGAGUGCAUUGAUGAUAAUACGCUAAUGCAAUCCUCCAUUUCAAUCUCUUCACACUGACCUGCUGUCUGUUCCGCACGCUAAUCUGUCCCCUAACUCCAGCCACCAUCGUCAUCACGGAUGUGGUGUGCGACCAUCAGACCGAUUGUGUUUCUCGCAGACGUCCACAGACUGCCUAAUGUGUGGCUCGGGUUGCUUGGAGUCAGCGCCAUUCAGCACGGAACCACAAAGCCCGCAUUGACCGUGUGGAUUCAGGUCUCCACGUGCCAUGCGGGACCCCUGCGUAGUUUUCCAGAAACCGGACCCAGGUGCUGAUGAAUAAAAUAUCCUCCCCAGGGUGAGUGGCGGAUCUGUUCCGCGGCGACAGAUCAGCUGUGUAGGCGGCGACUCCAAAGUAGUCACAGCCUAGAUCUGCACUGAGAUUGCACACGUUGUCGAGAGAAGGACACCAUGUUAAGCAACAGCCAGCAACGAGAACCCGCCUUGCACGACCCGCAUCGACAACCCCCGGCGCUCUUCGGGAAGCCCUGGUUCUGGCAGCGUAGCAGCGACUCCAUGGAGGGCACCCGCAGCCUGGCUCGGGUCAUUAUGGAGAUGCGGGAGGAAAUCAGGAAGCUGGACGCCCAGAAACGGGCCCUCCCGAAGGAUCAGGGGGACCAAGAACAGGAGCAGACACCGGAAGUGUUUUUAGAGGAAGAGCAGGAAAACUCAAUCAGGAGGAACGCAUCUGCGCCUAUUCUAAAGAGACAAUUUGAGGAAUGUAAAGACAACACCGUCAUGACGGUGCGGAGGUACUCCAUGAACUCCAGCCCGCCUGGCGUGACACAGUCUGAGGGGACAGCAGACCUCGCGGGGCGACUGAGCCACUUCGGAUGGGGGCGGGUGCAGGAGGAGGUCUGCGAUGGGAACUGCGACAUUGAUCACUCGGUCUCCAGUGACCCGGCGAGGAAAAAGACAUCUCUGCAGGAAUACGUGCACAAGACCAGAGCCAAGGCGAAAACAGUCACGUUCCUUCUCCCAGUGGACGACAUCUACACCAACAAAUCAGUCCUGCCCAAGCCUCAGGACGCCACACCCACCGAGUUGGCCCCCGUAACCGACCUCGAGUACUGUACUUUGACGUCCACCUGAAACAUUGCAGGAACCCCAAAUGGGUUUGAGUUCUUUUGGCGUCCCAAUUCAAUCCCAGCUGAGAAAACACAAACAAGACAGGCGUAUAAUUACACACCAACGUACAGAUGUCUGCACUUGAGAUCACGUCUUGUAGUCAUGAAUUUUGGUACCACUUAUCCCCCCUCCUCCUUUUUUUAUUUUUUAUUUGAGCCACUUUAGUUAAUGACCAAUUUAUUAUUCAUUCACUCUUUUCUCUGGA